AUGAGUCAUCUGGAACAAAUUCUGAUCGCCUUCUUAUGUCUUGGAAUCGUCUUAACAUCCUCGGCCAAUCGAAAAGAAGAUCUCGAGAGGGCAGCAGAGCUAGCAGUAGAGAAAGCUGCUGAAAGGGCAGCGGAAAGGGCAGUAGAGAAAGCUUUAGAAAGUGGGAACACAACUACAGAAUCAAAAACAAUUCGGGAAUCAUAUUCGAGCGUUAGAAAAGAUGGAAGUCAAGAGAAGACUAGUAACGAAUAUUCGGGUAUUCGAUACUCCGAUUUAGGAGACGACGAAGAUAUAGAAUCCGAUACAGAAACUGACACUGAUGACUGGACUCAUUCCAAAAGUAGCUGGAUCGGAAGACAGGAGUUUUGGAAAAGAAGCUUCGGAAGCGAUUGGAUAGGCGAUCAUCAACAUGAAAAAGUUAAAACGAUCACGGUAGAGAAGAAGAUACCGGUACCAGUGACGGUAGAAAAGAAGAUACCGUUUACAGUUUACAAACACGUGCCCUACGAAGUUAAGGUUCCUGUACUUCAACCCUACACCGUUGAAAAAAAGGUACCCUAUCCCGUGAAAGUGUUCGUGAAUACGCCCGUAGAGAUACCGGAACCGUAUCACGUCGAGAAACAGGUGCCUUACGAGGUGAAGGUCGAAAGACCUGUGCCGUACAAGGUCGAGGUGCCGGUACCACAGCCAUAUACCGUUGAGAGAAAAAUACCGGUGGAGGUGAAGGUACCGGUGCCACAGCCGUAUACUGUAGACAAGACCGUGCCGUACGAAGUAAAAGUACCUGUAAAAGUACCAACACCUUACGAAGUCGAAAAAAAGGUUGCCGUACCUGUCAAGGUCACUGUAAAUCGACUAUACCCCGUUCCAGUACCCAGACCUUAUCCCGUCGAAGUUCAAAGACCUUAUCCCGUUGAAGUAAAUAAACCUUAUCCCAUUAAAAUCAAAGUUCCAGUAAAUGCACCCUAUCCUGUACCAGUGGAGAGACCUGUACCAGUACCGGUCAAGGUACCACAACCUAAACCCUACACAGUUGAAAAGCCUGUACCCGUGGAAGUGUCUAAACCGUAUCUAAUACCGAUUAAAGUCCCUGUAGAUAAGCCUUACAAAAUUUACGAUGAAGCACGCGUACCUGUACCAGUUCCGAAACCCUUCCCUUAUUGGGUCCAAGUCCCGCUGCCAGUUAAGCUAGGUAGGCAAAGAAAUGAACAUCAUUCCGCAGAAGCUUUCGCGAGUAGGAACAAUUCGAUGGAUAGUAAAAAUACAAACGAUGCUUCUUAUAAUUUGAAUAUGUCCUUGAAAAGUUAA